CUAUCGAACCAUGGAAGACAGCAGGUAAUUUGCUUGACGAGAGAUGGUUCGUGGAAGUCGACAUUCAAGAUGCGAGGGAAAGGAUCGUAAAGCGUCAUGUAGAGACAGGCGUCACAUCUACCACAGAACUUGCAAUACAAAGAGCGGAAGCGAAUGACUUUCCCAAUGGAGAAUUUGUCAUUGCAAAUAUGUUACCACCAACUAGACAAUUUAAGAGUAUUCAUGACACUUCUAUAGCAAUCUAG